AUGCAAAACAUUGACAUCGUCCUCACCUACUUUGCCAACCGAAUUGAGAAGGAACUAGGUCCACAUCCGACGGAGACGUCCAGUGUAAUGGCUGUGAUCACAAAGUCUGUUGGCAACUUCUCUCGAUCUCGCACGCUGAAGGAAUUCCAGGAGUUAAAGUUCAAGUACGUGGAGGAGGAGUCGCCGGACGAAUUUUUCAUCCCCUACUUGUGGUCACUCGUCUACCGUCUCUCGGGCCUUGCUCUGGACCAAAAGGCGCUACACUGUCUUGGCCAGGUUACCACUUAUACAGAAGGCGAUGUCCCUUCGGACACCACCGUCGGUGAUGGAGCGACUGUG